AACCAGCCUCCCAGGAAGUGGCCAGAGGGUUAGAGUGUGUUGAAAUAAAGCUACAGAAAUGUCAUGAAGGAAACGACUGCUUUGUAGAGCUGGGUUAACUUUGGAAAUACCUUGAUUAAAAUAAGCUACAUUAAAGGCCCCAAACCACUACACACACAUGGUUUUACCUUGAGUAUCUUUAAUGUGAAAUGGGCCUGAGCCACGCUAAGGCUCACCCAAGGGUGACCAAGGUAGCACCUUUGCAGAACAAAGAGGAAGAGACUCCCUCGGCCAGCCCUGUGGACUUUGCAUUCACUCAGAAUCUGGAAGAAAAGAGUUCAUAUUCAUUCGCAAGACUGCAGGACCGGAAUAAAGCUUUGGAACGGCAGCUGCCACCUCUACGAGAGACCGGGUAUGGGAGAUACUCUGCAGUGCCUGGGGCCAUGUAUUUUGACAUCCCACUGGAACAGAGGGAAACAAGUAUUAUUAAAAGGCAUCCACCAAGAAGACUUCAAAAGCUUGAACCCAUUGACCUGCCACAAGUAAUUACUUCUGAAAGGCUCCUGAGCCAGCAAGAAGCCGGGAGGAGUCACAGAGCAAAGCAGGAACUGGAAAAGAAGAUGCAAAUGCCAAUGCAUCCUUCUGGGAAAAGGCAGUAUUUACACAAGAUGCAGAUGCUGGAAAUGAACCGUAAAAGACAAGAGGCCCAGGUGGAGUUGAAGAAAAGUCUUCACAGGGAUGCAAGAACUAAUAAGCAAAAACAGAGGGACCAUAAAGCCAAGAAAAUCCUUCAAAGCAUCCCAAGAAAUGACAGCGGUGACUUUUUCACCUUGUUGCCUGAUGAAACCUUGAACAGAAGUCCAGGAAAUUCACAGAAUGAAGAAUUUUUGGAACAUCAAUCAAGGAGUGACUAUGGUCCCCGGAAAAUUGGCAAAAUGGAAACCUGGCUCUGUGAACAAGAGGCUCGGAGACAGCUUCCCUGGGACAGUUCCAGCUCUGACUCAGAUGAGUUGGGGAAAGCCGAGAAGAAACCACGAGCAUUGGUGAGGACCAGGACAGAGAGAAUCCCACUCUUUGAUGAGUUUUUUGAUCGAGAAUAAUACUGCUAUUCACUAAUGCAGAUGCCAAGCGCACUGAAAGCCUGCUCUCCUGUAAGAGGUCUUCAGGCUAGUGUAUGAAGUAUUUGGAGGACACCAGUUCCCUUUCUUUUCGUUUGGAGCCCUAAGAUUAAAGGUGUGAGGCACAUUGUAAAUUACAUUGCAUAACUAACUGCCUCAAAACUUAGGGGCUUAAAUACAGCCAAUUCUGGUCCCAUUUUUCAGUGGGUUGCUGGGCUUGGUUGGGUGGUUCUUCUGCUGGUCUCUUUUUAAGUCUCUCACGUAGCUGAAGUCAGAUGGCAGGUCAGACUGGAGUCAUCAAGAGACUCAACCAGGACACUGAGACGGCUGAACCUCACCCCUCUCCAUCCCAGAGCCUCUUCACAUGGAUUCCCCAUGUGCUUUCUCCUGCAGGGCAUGAAUUUGCUCUCAUGUCAGCCCAGGUCCCCCAAAAGCAAAUGUUCCCAGAGGAGGAAGAGGAAGCUGCCAAUCCUCUAAAGUCUAGACCACAGAACAGCCCCAAAUCACUGCCUCCACACUCUGCCGGUUACUGCAAGUCAUAGGCCAGGUCACAGGCAAUAAAAAAUAGGCUACAUAGGGCCUGCAUUCCCAAGUGUGGUCUCCUGGAGUCCAUCUUUGAGACACGCCACCCCCCUGUACUUUCUUACAGCAAAUUAGAAUUUAUAGAACAAACAGAUGAGAGAGUAGACUUGAUAGAAAUAAAAAUGACUUUUUAAAGAAAAGUCACAGCAAUGCCACAUUAGACACUAAGCUUAAGUCACUCUCUGGUGAGUUAGAAGUUUGUUAUCUCAGAACAGAAAGGCUACAAGGAAAGAAGUAAAAUAAUGUCACGUGUGGAAGAUCAUUGUGAGUUAAAGCUCAAAACUGAAUGAAGAUCUCUUAGAUUAUGACAUAGAUCUUAGAGCUCUUUAAAACUGAAAGGAAACUUAGGAAUGUUCAAUCCAAAAGUUACUCUAUUCACAAAAAUUAGGUUUUCAGGCAAUUCUAAGAGCUUCUUUUGCAUAAAAUUAGACUCUACUUUUAGCAUAACCUAAAAAUAUUUUUAAGCCAUCCAGAGGUUUCUAAGAAUUUAGCAAACUUCAAAACAAAGUAAGACAAAAACACCCUUUUAAGACUUGUCUAGGAAACUUCAAAAAAAAAGCAGGAGAGAGAUACACUCCCUGAACUCGACAUUCAGCACAUUCAGAUCAGUCACUAAGAAGAUAAAAAGACUGGUGUGUCAGGGGAUGAACAUUCAUGUUUCUUCCAAGGAGGGAAGGCAAUUAAUUAGGUCAUCCUGGGCACUUUUACACCCAGUUCUAUGCAAGCAGUAUUCUUACUUUUCUGUGGUAGGCUACAAGCAGAUUUCCUGCAAAAGAAUGCAUAGAUUGAGCAACCAGCCUUCUUGAAAAAGUUAAGAUCCUUGAGAGGAGAAAUGAAUUCAACCUAUUUAUAAUAUCCUCAUAUUAUGGUUGACCUGGAAGGUUUGAAACAAAGUGGGAUGGGCAUCUCCCAACACUGAAGAUAGCAGGACAGAAGCGUGUCUUCAUUGCUCUGGUCUGUGACUUGAAAUUGGAUGACACCUCCUUCUAGACACUCACUGGACUGUGGGCUACAUGAGGGCACGGCUCCUGCCUUCUCCCUGUGGUAUCCACCUCUCCCCCCAGCCCCUUGCUUCCUGGCACAACAUCUGGCACAGUCUAUUUAUUUAAUUGUUUACUGAAAUACAGUUGAUUGACCAUAUUGUGUUAGUUUCAGGUGUAUAGCCAAGUGAUUCAGUCAUACAUUUAUAUAUAUUCUUUUUCACAUUCUAUUCCAUUAUAGGUUACUUCAAGAUAUUGAAUAUAGUUCCCUGUGCUAUACAGUAGGACCUUGUUGUUUAUCUGUUUUAUAUAUAGUAAUGUGUAUGUGUUAAUCCCAAACUCCUGAUUUAUCCUUCUCCCCAGCCCUUCCCCCUCUGGUAACCAUAGUUUGUUUUCUAUGUCUGGCACAGAGUUUAUUAUUAAAUGUUUGUGGAAUUCA